AUGCUUCGUACCCGUCGUCUCGUGAUGCUCUCUCAUCGGAUACAGCCUUCUAGAGACGUGAAUAAACAUCGGUUACGCCUGUUUCUUGCUUCGAUGGACACGUUAUCUCUUUCCAUAAUCCCUCAACGUCGUUGGAGCUCGUCGGAGACGUUCAAUGAUGUUCAUUUCGAGUCAAAUAUGACCCGAAACAAGCUAUGGACGGAACUUGAUACAUUUCGUGAAACGGGUCAAUGGCGUCAAGCUCUCAAGUUAUUAGAUCGUGUGGAUAAAGAUGAGACAUUACCAUCCUUAGACUCGUCCAUGUAUGAACGUGCGAUUGCUGCUUGUGCACGUAUGGGGAAAGUCCAAGUUUUACCUGGUCUCUUGAACAAUAUGCACGUGGAUGAGCUGAUACCUACUAGUGCUACAAUUGAUUUUAUCAUUCAAGCAUACUUGGCAAAAGAACAUUGGGGUCUUAUUGUACACUUGGCUACGGAUGCGAUAUCCAUGGGUGUCCACUUGUCUCCUGCUGCUUUUUAUGCAAUCAUGGAAGCCUGUGGACAAGUAAAAGAUGGAGACAGUAUCGUUCACAUGAUGAAACAGCUUUGUGCUUCAGGUGAGACGGAACUUACGAUAAAUCACUACACUGCAGCUAUUCGAGCUGCUGGGAUAGCACAGAGAACGGAUAUAGCCAUGUCAUUGUUUGUGCAAAUGGAAGAACAGGACGGACUACGGGGCAAUUCAGAAGUGUUUAGUCAACUCAUUCGUUGUCAAGUACUGAAUGGAGAUUUAGAACAGGCACUGCAAAGCUUUGCUGCUGUCAUGCAACGUGGUUUAAGUCUGGAUGAAACAAUCUACACAUGCGCGAUCGAUGCGCUCGUGUCAAACGGCAAACAUUGGCAGGCUACGCGAUUGUUUGAGCAGAUGCUAGAGAGUGGUGAGAAACAUCCGACGAUCUUUUGUUUAGGUCGUGCAAUGCUUGCUUACACAGGUGCUAACCGAAGUCAACACGCCUGGGCCUGCUGGAAGAAGAUUGUUGAGAUUAAUGAGUCCAAUCCUGUUGCUAUGAAAUACGAUAAAAUUUUACAAGGAUUGACGCAUGCAAAGGACACGCAGCUUGCGGUAGAGGUAUUUGAUCACAUCCAAAAGAUGUUUAAACCUGGCCAGAUUCGCCACGGUGCUUACACGACAGCUAUUCGUGCCCACGGUAGACUGGGCAACACACAACGAGCGGUGGAUUUGUUCGACAAGUACGUCGAGAGCUGCAAGGGCACUCAUAGGACAUCACGCGUUGUUGGCAUCUACUUGGCUCUGUUCAAUGCGCUUUCGCGAGACACGAAGCGUGAUCCUGUACUAAACACACGUGAUGCGAAGCGUGCUUGGGAAAUUAUGACCGCUAACGUGCCAGUCGUGCUCCCACCUGCAUACGCCAGUCUUGCGGGAGUGUUUGCUAGUACCGGUGAUAUCGAGACGCUUGAGACUUUAAUUAAGCAUGCUGAGCAGAGCUGGGGUGCUACAGCUGAGUUGAUGCAUCGACAGGAAUUUGACGAGGAUGGUGACGAAACGGAAGCAGUUGCAGUGUUUGAUGGUGAUGACGUCGAGCACGGGAGCGACAAUGAUGUGCUGCUAUUUAACGGUGUGAUUAGUGGCUUGUGCAAGGCGCGUGACGACCGGACGGCGAAUAUUGAGGCUUACUUGGAGCUGAUGCUUUCACGAAGACUCCCAAUUACCGAUUCGAUUGUGCGUGCAACAACUGACGCUUGUGUGCGCUUUAAGAAUUGGAACUUGAUGGAGAAGCUGAUGACAAUGGUGGACGUGGAUGCAUUGAAAAGUCCUGAGGUUUGUGUGGGCGACACGGUGUCUAAGCUGCUUGAGGCGGGUAAAUGGAGUUUGGCUCGCCAGUGGUUGAUGUUCUCUCAUCGCCACGGAUUGCACCCUCCCAUACGUCGCAAAUUGGAUCUUUUGCGAGAAAUGUCUGAGAACAAGAGCAAGGAGUGGCGUAUUGCAUACACGUUGGCAAACGAAACUAUGUCAUUCCGUCGCCUCAUACAAAGCAACGUGGAUAGUGUUGCCGAUGCAGCUGAUGUGUGCAUGAACGCGAAUCGCACGGACUUGGUCGUAAAGCUUUUCGAUGCCGCUGCGGGACAUUCGUCACUGCGAUACUUCCGUAAUCACCAGUACCAGAUGCAAAAAAGCCAAGAUGCGUCACAGUCCUUGGAAACUGAUGUGGUGCCUGUGAUAGUCCCACUGCGUCUGUACAAAUACUCGAUUCUUGCGCUGCUACGCCAGCCCAAAGAUGAAGCAGCAGAUGUCGAUGAUAGCUGGCGGAUGACCAAAGCAGAGCGCAUCUGUAGGCAAAUGUUGCAGGUGCAUGGUAAACACUUGGAUGGUGAGGCCCUGUCUAUGGCUAUAUCGAUUAAGGCCACGGCUGGCGAUUACGACGAUGUAGGUGCUCUGUAUGAAUCUAUGCGCGCCCUUGGCCUGCAGCCCAACUCGUAUGCUCAAAACGCAGCAAUUACAGCGUUUUCACGUCAGCGUCGCAUAGAUCAAGUGCUUGCUAUUUGUGAUGAGCUUAAGUCUACCUUGGAUGAUAACGGUGACGUCAGGAGAGUCGAGCCUAACGUGGCCAGGUCUUUAUUGUUGUCGUUUGCACUAGCACAUGAAGAUGAUGCUCUUCGCGAUGCAGUGCAAAAUUUACCUGGAUGUACCAUGGAUAUAGCCUUGGAUGUUCUGGUGAAAAUCAAUCGGGUUGCAGAUUCAGUGGAAUUUUUUAACGAGAACGUGUCUUAUGAAAUGUUUGAAUCGCUUUUCCAUGAUCUAUGUCAGUCGGGUCACCCUGUUCUUGGCGCGACACUUUUGCUCAAGUUCACUCGUCUGCACGGAUUGACGAAAGUGCAUCCCAAUCGUGUGAUCCGCGUGACCAACGCUCUUGCCGAGACGGGAAACCUUGUUGAGGCAGAGAAACUGUUGCAAAUGUACUUGGAUGGAAGCAAAGGUGUUUCUCUGAAGCAGAUGCCAGCUUACUUUCAGCAGCAUACAAUGGAGAUGUUACUUUUUAUCUAUGGCGAAAUUGGCCAUUUCGAUGCUAUGCGUGCACUUUUUGAAAAGGAGCUGAUCGCUUUUCCGCUUGAGGUUGCUCACUAUGAGGCAGCAAUGGAGUACUGUGCACAGUCGCGUGAUGAGCUGGCGGGUGCGGUGGCUAGUCUGAAGUUGUUUGAGAUGCUGCGGACACAAGGAUUUAUCCAGCCGAGUGGCUACACAUAUCUGUUGACGCUACAGAGCUGUCUGCGCCUUGAGCGCUUGGAGUCCGCGAACGCCUCUGCUGUGAAGUCGACGGGUCAGAUCAUAUUGGGCGACGUGCAAGAGCACGGGUUUCAUAAGACAGUAGCUGAUGAGCUGACAAAGCAAGUUACGUCUGCGUUCAAACAGGUUGAGGACAAGAACCAAAAGGUGAUUCGUCGUAUUAGAAAGGAAGGUGGUUCAGUCGACACCAGCGUUAUGAGCCCAGAGGAGCUUGCGCGCAUCGCACUUUUCUGUCACCGCAACGGAAUGCCAAUCACGGUGGAACUAGCUGAUAAGUUGUUGAAACUGCACCUGCAUCUACCAGCCAUGCUAGCAAACGAGUUGGCCUUUGUGAAGCGCUCACUUCAAGACGGACUGGGUGUAGUAGCUGCUCUUGGCUCGCAGGUUGACGGUAUCCCAACGAAGCGGGUGACCAAGAAUAGGACUGUUACGAAAACGAAGCGCGUGGCUUCUACUUUCGCGCAACAGCAUGGUGACAGACGUCGGCGUAGCAAGAGCUAUCAGGCUGCCGUGCGCUCCGCCACUGAUGCGCGAUGGGGUGCGGUCCUCGAACCGAUCGCGACAAACAAGGAGUAA